CCCAGCAUUCGAGUGAGCGGGGCUUGUGUUCGUCUACCAAUGACACAGUAGUUGAAAUGAAUCGCGGCCGUUGUUUAUUGCCGUAAGUUGUUGUAGAGAUAAAACGUUAAAAAUACCAGCUGAUUAUAUGUCAAACUAUACGCUACUGCGACAAGAAGUAGCGCAGGUUAUGAUAAUGUUUUGAGUAUUGUUUUGCAAUAUUUGCGACCUUGAGAUUUGGAGGACAUUACGGCAAUGACCUGAUCCACGGACAGCACCAUUCUCUUUCGAAAGAUAGCGGCGAGGUGGAAAAGACUAUUGGAGGUGGAUAAAGAAGGUGUCAAGAGUGGAUCCGGCGCAAGGUAUCGUGGAUGAAUGCUGGAGAACUUCAGUUUGUCUUGUGUCACAAACGAUCCAUAACAAUCAACCAGCAUGUUGCCAGCGUGGAUGCAUCAACGCGCAGGAGCGGCGUGAGGCACCAUCAGCGGCCCUGCUUGGGUCCAGCGAGGCCGCCAUUAUGGCGGACGGCGCCGUCGACCUGCUCUGCUUCGGCAACCCGCUGCUGGACAUGCUGCUGAAGGUGGCUGACGAUCAGCUGCUGACCAAGUAUGAUCUCCUGCCCAAAAACCAGAUCGAGGCCAGCGAGCAGCAGAGGCCGCUCUUCGACGAGGUGUUCGCCAGUGAGUCGGUGACAUUCUGUCCGGGCGGAUCGGCCCAGAACACGGCGCGCAUCUACCGCUGGGCGCUGGCCGAGCGGGGCCGGGUGGCGUUCGUCGGUGCCGUCGGAGGCGACAAGUUCGGCCGCCGGCUGACGCAGCUGGUCAGGGACGACGGCGUCGACAUCAGGUACGUGGUGCACGAGGAGAUGGCCACCGGCCGGUCAGUGAACCUGGUGCGGGGCACGGACCGCUCCCUGGUGGCCGACCUCGGUGCCGCCAACUUCUGCCGACCGGACCGGGUCUUCGUGCCGGACAACCUGGCGCUGCUCACCAGCGCCACCUAUGUCUAUGUCGAGGGGUUCUUCGUGACGCACGACCCGGAGACGGCCAUGCAGGUGGCCCGCUUCUGCUCGGACGCUGGCAAACAGCUGGUGUUCAGUCUAUCGGGUACCUACGUCUGUCAGGAGCAUACGGACGCCAUCUGUCAGAUGCUGCCGCACGUGACCUUCCUGUUCGGUCAUGUGACCGAGUACGCUGCCCUGGCACGCGCUGUCGGUCGCAAGGAGGGCGAGUUUGACGUGUCGCCGCUGGGCUACUGCCGGGUAGUGGAGGCGGCAGCCGGCCGGCGGCGCGCGCUGGAGGCCAUGACCAGGACUAGCGGAGAGCCGGCGCCCUCGGCAGAGUCGCUGAGCAGCGGCGACCCGCCUGUGCUCAGGAUGGUAGUGACCCAGAGUGCCAAGCCGGUGGUCCUGCUGGACAGCGUGCGGGCCGUCUCGGUGGCCGUGCCGCCCAUCUCGAGUGCCCUCAUCGCCGACACGACGGGCGCCGGCGACGCUGUGGUCGGCGGCUUUCUGGCCGGUCGCCUCCUGGACCGCCCGCUGGAAGAGUGUCUCAGGUUCGGCGUGCUGGCGGCUCGGGAGGUGAUCCAGCUGAUGGGCUGCGCCGUGCCCGACCGGCCUCAUCGCUGGUCGACACCGACCCCGGCACCACACCCAACUAGGCCUGGCCGGCGGCGCCCACCCGCACGCGAGGCAGCGUGGUCGCCACGUCGGCCGGCGGCAUCGGUCGGUUGUAGCGGCCGGCUGUGGCGCCGAGCCGAGCCAUCGGCAGCUAGUGUGAAUAUCAGGCAGAUUCCACAGCGCGUUUGGAAUGCGUGUAGCGCUCUGCUGUUGGUAUUUUGCGUUGUGGUGUACAGAGUAGGUGACUGCUUCCAGCAUAAGAACAAAUGAACAAUCUGUCGGCACGUAGUUUUGUUGUAGCGACGGCCUGUUGGCAUUGCUGAUAGAAGACUCUGCGUUAAUGCAGCCAGUACGUUUGUCGGACGUGUUUGCGGGAGCCGUACACUGGCAUACGAGCCGUUUCAUUUCUGCCUGUGAAUUCACUGAGCCCGUGGCUAGUUCGAGCGCUAGUUCGGCCCGGUCCGGCCGGGCUCGUGAACAGAUGUGUGGCAACCACAGCCGUUGGCCCCGGCAUCAGCUAGUCGCGUAGUAACCAUGUGAUGCUUCAGUCUUUGUUCCGAUGCAAUGGGUUGGGUGCAAUACAGUGCGGUGCGCCGUU